CCACCAACUCCCCCUACAGGCCAGAGCGGCGCCGGCAACAACUGGGCCAAGGGCCACUACACCGAGGGGGCCGAGCUGGUGGACUCGGUGCUGGACGUGGUCAGGAAGGAGGCGGAGAGCUGCGACUGCCUGCAGGGCUUCCAGCUCACCCACUCGCUGGGCGGCGGCACCGGCUCGGGCAUGGGCACCCUGCUGAUCAGCAAGAUCCGCGAGGAGUACCCGGACCGCAUCAUGAACACCUUCAGCGUGGUGCCCUCGCCCAAGGUGUCUGACACGGUGGUCGAGCCCUACAACGCCACCCUGUCGGUGCACCAGCUGGUGGAGAACACCGACGAGACCUUCUGCAUCGACAACGAGGCCCUGUACGACAUCUGCUUCCGCACCCUCAAGCUGACCACGCCGACCUACGGCGACCUCAACCACCUGGUCUCGGCCACCAUGAGCGGCGUCACCACCUGCCUGCGCUUCCCGGGCCAGCUCAACGCCGACCUGCGCAAGCUGGCCGUCAACAUGGUGCCCUUCCCCCGGCUGCACUUCUUCAUGCCCGGCUUCGCCCCCCUCACCAGCCGCGGCAGCCAGCAGUACCGGGCCCUGACGGUGCCCGAGCUGACCCAGCAGAUGUUCGACGCCAAGAACAUGAUGGCCGCCUGCGACCCGCGGCACGGCCGCUACCUCACGGUGGCCGCCAUCUUCCGCGGCCGCAUGUCCAUGAAGGAGGUGGACGAGCAGAUGCUCAACGUGCAGAACAAGAACAGCUCCUACUUCGUGGAGUGGAUCCCCAACAACGUCAAGACGGCGGUCUGCGACAUCCCGCCCCGGGGCCUCAAGAUGGCCGCCACCUUCAUCGGCAACAGCACCGCCAUCCAGGAGCUCUUCCGGCGGGUCUCCGAGCAGUUCACCGCCAUGUUCCGGCGCAAGGCCUUCCUGCACUGGUACACCGGCGAGGGCAUGGACGAGAUGGAGUUCACCGAGGCCGAGAGCAACAUGAACGACCUGGUCUCCGAGUACCAGCAGUACCAGGACGCUACCGCCGAGGAGGAGGGCGAGUUCGAGGAGGAGGAGGAGGGCGAGGCCUGAGGGCCUGAGGGGUGCCGG